AUGGAUGGCCUGGAGGAACUUCAGUCACUAAGUGCACUUGCAAAGGUGACUGAGAUGCUCAAAAAUUAUCUCGACGUUGAUCAACCGGAAUUGGCGGAAUUUAUAAUAUUUCUGGCCAAGAAGGCCAAAGAUGUCGAGGAUUUUAACAAACUUCUGGACGAAAAUGAAGCGAAUAUGAGUUACGAUUUUGUAAAUCAGCUGUAUCGCACAAUUAUCGCACUAGACCCACCCAAAAGAGCGUUAAUUAAAACAAUUAUAGAUGAAUGGGAUGAAAUAAUAAACAGAAACGACGACCAAGUUAAUUUUCCAGCACUUACACUGAAGAAUGAUCCAAACAGAGAAGAAUUAAAGGCACCAAAGAUAAAAAAUGAAUUGUCGGACUGGGCCAAAGAGUUGUUGGAAAGGGAAAACCCAAAUAUACGAGUAUGUGACUUUGGAGCCUUCGUAGAGUUUGAAACAUCAGAAGGAGUGUACGAUGGACUGGUGCAUAUCUCACAAGUCUCAGAAAAAAGGAAAAUAAUAAACAUACAAGACGUGAUAAAGAGGAAUCAGAAGGUGUACGUGAAAGUAACGUCGAUAGAAAAGCAUGAGCCUAGUGAAAGGGACAGUAGAAGAAAGAGGCUUAAGAUAAGUUUAACGAUGAAGAACGUAAACCAGAGUACCGGAAAGGACACUUCGGAGGAGUCAUACGAACGAGGGUACGGGUCGGAGCUGGACACGAGUAAGGAGUACGAGGAGUUCGAGCUGGUGAACAACAAGAAGAGAAAGUACAUGAACGACAUUGACCGGUGGGAAAAUCAGCAACUGCUCAAAAGAAUUGUACUUUCGCCGAUCAAGCUAGUAGCAAGGCCAGAAGGCUCACUCUCGAGGACCAUCGCAUCAUCAUUGGCAAUACAGCACGAAAAUAAAAUGAUGACAAUGAAAGAUGAACAGUAUAGCGAAAAGAAGGAGGACACGAGUAACAUAAUGGACUAUUACAAAAAUGCAGUAUCAACAAAGAGUAGAAGAGAAGAAAGAAGAGGCCCUGAGAGGGAAAAUUUAGUGGAGAAGAGAAGGAACCUGCCAGUGUAUAAGCUGAAGAAGGAGAUCGUAGAAAAGGUGAUCGCUAAUAAGAUAUUGAUAGUUAUCGGAGAGACGGGAAGCGGAAAGACGACGCAGAUACCGCAGUACCUGCACGAGAGUGAUUUCUGUAAAUAUUCAAGCUUCAUAAAGUUGAUUAAAUCGCAGAAGAAAGACGAAAACAGAGAAAAGAGAGUUGACAACACUGGUAAUAGUAAAAGCGAUGAUAGUAGACGAGAUAAAAGUAAAAGCGAUGAUAGUAGACGAGAUAAAAGUAAAAGCGAUGAUAGUAGACGAGAUAAAAGUAAAAGCGAUGAUAGUAGACGAGAUAAAAGUAAUGGCGAUGAUAGUAGACGAGAUAAAAGUAAUGGCGAUGAUAACACUAGUGGUAGUAAUAGAGAUGAUGGCACUAGUGGAAGUGAUAGAGAUGAUAACACUAGCACUCGUGGCAAUAGAGAUGACAGCAGACUGGAUAUCAGACCUGAUAGAAGACGUGACAAAACAGGCCAUGGCAGAAGUAGUGAUGACAAAACAGUCCAUGGCAAAAGUAUUGAUGAUAGGGUAGAGGAAAAAAGAAUGAUUGGAAUAACGCAGCCUAGAAGAGUUAGUUGCAUAAGCGUAGCAAAGAGAGUGAGUGAGGAAAUGGGUUGUAUACUAGGGAACGAAGUGGGAUACUCAAUAAGGUUCAACGACUGCACAAGCAGUUCGACGCUGAUAAAGUACAUGACAGACGGAAUGCUCCUGAGAGAGAUACUUCAUGACCCGUAUCUGUAUCACUACUCAACAAUCAUGUUGGAUGAGGCACACGAGAGAACAAUAUCUACAGAUGUGUUAUUCGCAUUAUUAAAGGAAACGUGCCUGAAGAGGGAUGAUUUCAGGUUGAUAGUGACCUCAGCAACACUGGAAAGCGAAAAGUUCAGUAAAUACUUCCUGGGAGCGGAGAUAUUUAAAAUACCAGGGAGGUUCUUCCCAGUGGAAAUACUGCACAGCAAGGAGCAGGAAAUGGAUUACCUGGAAGCAGCGCUGAUAACAGUGUUGAAUAUACACCUGAACGAGAAGCCAGGAGACAUACUGGUGUUCCUGACAGUAGGUCAGGAGGACAUAGAAACGGGAUGUAAAAUAUUGAAUGAAAGAAUGAAAAAGUUGGAAAAUUUAAAGCCGCCGCCACUGAUAGUGUUGCCAAUAUACGCAGCGUUGCCGACAGAAGUGCAAACACAAAUAUUUAUGCCAUCGCCACCAGGAACGAGGAAGUGUAUACUGGCGACAAACAUAGCAGAAGCAUCAAUAACAAUAGACGGAAUACUGUACGUGAUUGAUCCAGGACUGUGUAAAGUAAAGUCGUAUAAUCCAAAGACAGGGAUGGAGAGUUUAGUAGUAGCACCAAUAUCGAAAGCAAACGCAAGGCAGAGAUCAGGAAGAGCAGGAAGAACAGCGCCAGGAAAAUGCUAUAGAUUGUACACAGAGUCGACAUUCUACGAAGAGAUGUUGCCAACGCCAGUGCCGGAAAUACAGAGAGUAAACUUGACUAACGUAGUCAUAAUACUGAAAGCAAUGGGAAUAAAUGACUUUAUACACUUUGAUUUCAUGGACAGGCCUUGCAAUGAAAUGUUGAUAGACGCACUGGAUGUGUUGUAUCACCUGGGAGCUCUUGACGAGGAAGGGCUUUUGACGAGAGUUGGAAGGAAAAUGGCACAAUUCCCAAUGGAUCCAACACUGUCCAAGGUGCUAUUGACGUCGAUAGACUUGGACUGCUGUAGUGAAAUCAUAACGAUCAUAUCAAUGCUCUCAGUGCAGAACAUAUUCUACAGACCGCCAGAUAAGAAGGAAAAGAGUGAUCAGAGUAGAUUGAGGUACUUUCAAACGGAGGGGGACCAUUUGACAUACCUUAACAUAUACCAGCAGUGGCAGAAAAACUCGUUCUCAAACUACUACUGCUACCAGAACUUCCUACAGUAUCGAGCACUGUUGAAGGUGCAGGAAAUAAGAAAGCAGCUGAUAUCGAUAUUGGACCACUACAACUUCCACAACUUUGAUAAAAGGAGUCUGGACAGCAGAGGCAUUAACAUGAACAAGGUGGAAAGGAUACAAAAGAGCAUAUGCAGUGGGUUCUUCCACCACUCAGCCAAGAGGGGCGAGGAGUCGUACAGAACGCUGCUGGAUGAGCAGAAUGUGUACAUACACCCGUCCUCAUCACUGCACAGAAGGAGCCCGGAAUACGUAGUGUAUCACGAGUUGGUGCUGACCACGAAGGAGUACAUGAGGGAUUUGACGGUGAUUAAGUCGAAAUGGCUGCUGGAGUUGGCACCAACAAUGUUCGUGUCGAGCGGCGGCGACAAGGGUAAGUUCAGAGGCAGGGGCGUAAAGAAAAACAUAAAAAUACAACCGCUCCACAACAAGUUCGACAAGGACCAGGAUAGCUGGCGUCUGUCGAAGAGAAGGCUCUGA